AACGUAUGCAUAACAAUCAGUAGAUCUCCUCCGGCGAAUCUGUCUUCUCCUCAUUAUCGUAUUUGGAUUCUUCGGAAUCAGAUUGCAGAGAAGAAGUAAAGACCUGGCUGGGAUGUGCAUGCCUAUAUAUAUAUAUACACAAAUAUAUAUUCAGAACUCGUCAAAAUAAUCAGAUAGGUCAACCAUUAUCAACGCGAGUUUAAGCCUACACUGCUGCUUUCUUCGCUUAGAUUGAAGGAGACCAACAAUCUUAGCUAUCGGAGGGAGGCAAAAUGGACAAUUUCAUCAACAAGCUUCGGAAUUUGGACGCUUACCCUAAGAUCAAUGAGGAUUUCUACAGCAGAACGCUCUCCGGCGGACUCAUCACCCUCACCUCCUCCAUCUUCAUGCUCCUGCUUUUCAUCACUGAGCUCAGAUUGUAUCUCCAUGCUGUAACUGAGACAAAGCUAGUAGUAGAUACUUCAAGAGGAGAAACCCUUCGCAUCAAUUUUGAUGUAACUUUUCCUGCCCUUCCUUGUUCCAUACUCAGUCUGGAUGCCAUGGAUAUCAGCGGAGAGCAACAUCUUGAUGUUAAACAUGACAUUAUCAAAAAACGAAUUGAUGCUCAUGGUAAUGUAAUAGAAGCAAGGCAGGAUACCAUCGGUUCUCCCAAGAUUGAUCAGCCUUUACAAAGGCAUGGUGGGAGGCUUGAACACAAUGAGACAUACUGUGGUUCUUGUUAUGGUGCAGAAGCGUCAGAUGAUGAUUGUUGUAACACAUGUGAGGAAGUUCGUGAAGCAUAUCGAAAGAAAGGUUGGGCAGUGUCAAAUCCAGAUUUGCUUGACCAGUGCAAAAGAGAAGGUUUUCUACAAAAGAUUAAAGAAGAAGAAGGUGAAGGAUGUAAUUUAUAUGGGUUUUUAGAAGUUAAUAAGGUGGCUGGAAAUUUUCAUUUUGCGCCCGGGAAAAGUUUUCAACAAUCAAAUGUUCAUGUGCACGACAUACUAGCAUUUCAGAAGGAUAGUUUCAAUAUGAGUCACUCGAUCAAUAGAUUAACUUUCGGAGACUAUUUCCCUGGUGUUGUUAAUCCCCUUGAUGGUGUGCAGUGGACACAGCUACCACCAAGUGGGAUGUAUCAAUAUUUUCUCAAGGUGGUACCUACUGUAUACACAGAUGUUAAUGGACACACUAUCCAGUCAAAUCAGUUUUCUGUAACUGAACAUUUUAGGAGUGGAGAAGUGGGUCGCCUUCAGUCCCUCCCUGGAGUUUUCUUCUUUUACGACCUUUCACCAAUCAAGGUGACUUUCUCAGAGGAACAUGUUUCAUUCUUACACUUCCUUACUAAUGUUUGUGCUAUAAUUGGAGGUGUUUUCACUGUGUCGGGGAUAUUAGAUUCGUUCAUAUACCAUGGUCAAAGGGCAAUUAAGAAGAAGAUGGAAAUUGGUAAAUUUAGUUAAUAUUUAACCAAUUCAACAUACGCUGCUGCUGUAUUUUGGUUGGCUUGCCAGAAAAAUGAUUUACUGGACAGAACCAAUUCCAGAGAAGGAAACUGUGGAAUGGACUCUCCCUGCAGGGUUGACAGCCGCCUUUGAACGGCCUCUAAAUUUUUGUCAUGUUCUGUUUCAUCGAUGAAUUAGAUUAAUUUUAUAGUUCAUUUUAAUACUUUUAAGUUACCUUAUUUACAAAUAUUUGUCAGUCAUCUGUAUUUGCUAUAUUGAUGUGGAUAUAUAUUUAGAAUAUAUAAAGGGCCUUCCCAUUUUUCGUCUGAAAA